AUGAGCUCUUUGUUUUCAAAAUUAUACUUAGCUCCCAGGACCAGUUCCCGAGACCAGUUCCUGAGUUCAGCCAAGUCCAGCUCCCGAGACCAGCUCCCAGGACCAGCUCCCGAGACCAACUCCCGAGACCAGCUCCCAGGACCAGUUCCCGAGACCAGCUCCCGAGACCAGCUCCCGAGACCAGCUCCCAGGACCAGUUCCCGAGACCAGCUCCUGAGUUCAGCCAAGUCCAGCUCCCGAGACCAGCUCCCAGGACCAGCUCCCGAGUCCAACUCCCGAGACCAGCUCCCAGGACCAGCUCCCGAGUCCAACUCCCGAGACCAGCUCCCAGGACCAGCUCCCGAGUCCAACUCCCGAGACCAGCUCCCAGGACCAGCCAAGUCCAGCUCCCGAGACCAGCUCCCAGGACCAGCUCCCGAGACCAACUCCCGAGACCAGCUCCCAGGACCAGUUCCCGAGACCAGCUCCCGAGACCAGCUCCCGAGACCAGCUCCCAGGACCAGUUCCCGAGACCAGCUCCCGAGACCAGCUCCCGAGACCAACUCCCGAGACCAGCUCCCAGGACCAGUUCCCGAGACCAGCUCCCGAGACCAGCUCCCGAGACCAGCUCCCGAGACCAGCUCCCGAGACCAGCUCCCGAGACCAGCUCCCGAGACCAGCUCCCAGGACCAGUUCCCGAGACCAGCUCCCGAGACCAGCUCCCGAGACCAGCUCCCGAGACCAGCUCCCGAGACCAGCUCCCAGGACCAGUUCCCGAGACCAGCUCCCGAGACCAGCUCCCAGGACCAGUUCCCGAGACUCACAGACAGAGGAGCAGACUCUGGAUCAGCCUCUUUGAGUUGA